GGGCGGGCACAAGCGCCUGGAGGGGCUUCGGGCGAUCCUCAAGCGGAAGCAGGAGAAGCAGGCCAGCGCGAACUUGCUGAACGACGUGGCCGAGAAGAUGCAGGCGCUGCAGGACGCCCUGGCGCGCGCGCUGGAGCUGCUGGGCCCCUAUCUGUUCGAGUCCGCCGUCAGGUCGCUGGACGAGACGCUGGAGGACAUCCGGAACGGGGAGAAGGAGAUGAUCGCCGCCUCCAAG